GUGUACUUUGUUCGCGUCCUAGCCAAGCCAUACGCUACAUCCUGACUCUAGAGGACCCUACACUGCGUUCAAAACGAGUCUUAUUACAACCUUUCAAUUCUAAGCAGAUAUAUUUCAUUUCGGUGCUCAUUUUGAGGAUGGCCGAGAGCGAGGCAGACACGCCAAGCACCCCGAUAGAGUUUGAGAGCAAAUACUUCGAGUUUGAUGGAGUGCGGCUCCCACCCUUCUGCAGAGGAAAGAUGGAGGAAAUUGCCAACUUCUCCCUCAGAAGUAGCGACAUAUGGAUCGUCACGUAUCCAAAGUCAGGUACCAGUCUCCUUCAGGAGGUGGUGUAUCUGGUGAGUCAGGGAGCUGACCCAGAUGAAAUUGGUCUGAUGAACAUUGACGAACAGCUACCUGUUCUGGAAUACCCUCAGCCUGGCCUAGACAUCAUACAGGAGCUAACAUCCCCUCGUCUCAUCAAAAGCCAUCUUCCAUACCGAUUCCUGCCUACAGCCAUGCACAAUGGAGAAUCCAAGGUGAUCUACAUGGCAAGAAACCCUAAAGAUCUUGUGGUGUCCUACUACCAGUUCCACCGCUCUCUUAGAACCAUGAGCUACCGUGGCACCUUCCAGGAGUUUUGUAGACGCUUCAUGAAUGACAAGCUGGGAUAUGGGUCCUGGUUUGAGCAUGUACAAGAGUUCUGGGAGCAUCGCAUGGACUCAAAUGUCCUCUUCCUGAAAUAUGAGGACAUGUACAAGGACCUGGGAACAUUGGUGGAGCAGCUGGCGAGGUUCCUUGGGGUGUCGUGUGACAAGGCACAGCUGGAGACCAUGGUGGAGAGCUGUAAUCAGCUCAUAGAGCAGUGCUGCAACUCAGAAGCCCUCUCUAUCUGCAGGGGUCGCGUGGGACUGUGGAAGGACAUCUUCACUGUCUCAAUGAACGACAAAUUUGAUGCAGUGUACAGACAGAAGAUGGGCAAGUCAGACCUGGCGUUUGACUUUGGCCUGUGAGGACCAGAUUGAAUUGACCAUCCACCACGACACGGACUACACACCUCAUUCUGCCAAAACUACUGGACACUCCUCAGCUACUCUUUAUCACUCAAUCAAUCAAUCAGUUCUGUCAUAUAUGUGAUGAUUACACCAAUGGCUCAACAAGCAAAGACUAUAGCACUCCUGUCAAUCAGAUCACUUAGUCAACCAAUCAAUAACCCAAUUAAUUAAUCACACAUCAUGUAUAUAAUUAGUGUCCAUCACUCAGCAAGCAAAGACUAUAGCUCGCCUGUCAAGCAAUCAAUCAUUCCAUGCACUAAUGAAUAAAUAUAAACAGUGCCUCCUUUCAGAGCUUACUAAUAGGUUUAUCUUUGUAUCAGUGAAUUGGUCGGUUUCUCAGCCAAACAGUGAGAUCCUGUUUUUCCCCUUUCUGGAACAAUCCUCUGCCUCACCCCCACCUCUGUACCACCUCCCCCAUGCCGCUUCAGUAUGUACCUCUCUCUAUGUACUGUGCCCUUCAAAAGUAUUGGGACAGUGAAUAGGUUUUUCUUAUUUUGACUUCAUAAGUUUGGAUUUUAAAUCAUACAGUUACUAUAAGGUUGAAGUAUAGGUCCUCUGAUUUUAUUUGAGGGGAUACAUACACUUACUGAAUUCACUAUUUAGAAAUGACAACUAUAUUUAUACGUAGUACUCCUUUUUGGGCACCAAAAGUAUUUGGACACAUUAAAAUUAUGUAUUUUUGUUUAGUAUUUGCGAUCGCAUAUCCUUUGCAUGCACUUACUGCCUGAAGUAUUCAAACAGUUGAUCCCAAUAUCCUCAAGGUAUUUUUCUUUUUUGAUGCUUAUGCAGCCAUCCAUUCUUUGGUAUUUUUGCUAUUAAUGUCAUCAGCUGAAAAUUAAAGGCAUUUUUAUUGGAUUUAAAUCUGGAAAUUGACAUCACAAGAAUUUCACACGACUCAACCUUGAAAUAAACUUCCUAGUUACUUUGGCAGUUUGUUUGGGGUUAAGGUCUUGCUGUAAAAUGUAGUUCCGUCCAAUGAGUUUGGAGGCAUUCACUUGUAUUUUAGCAGAUAAAAGUUUCCUAUAGAUUUCAGAAUUUUUUCUGCUGCUGCUAAUAGCAGUUACAUUCUUAAUGAAGUGAACCAGUCGCAGUGCAAGCCAUACAUGCCCAAGCUAUAUAAUUUUUUCACAGAUGAGUUAGUAUGCCCAGAACCUAUUUUUAUUCAUACUCUCCUCUUGCUACUUUUCCUCUUGCUAUCAGUUAUUUUUGUCUCAUGUGUCCACAAUACAUUUUUUUCUGAAUUUUGCAGGCUCAUGUCCAUCCUCUCUUUUUAAAGAUAACCAGUGUUUUGGUACCUUAUAGUCCAGUCCUGUGGUUCAUCUGGUGUCCUUCUUUGCAGGUUUUAGUGGCUGACUCUUCCCCUGGAAAAAAAUUCUUCAUACUAACCACUGGAUUUCAUAUUCUUCAUGUUGACAGACAAGGCAAAAACAACCCCUAAAAUGAACUACAAAUUGACAGCUCUCCUACAACUGCACAAAAUGUGAUGAAACACAUCAGACUAACCAGAAACACUUGUCAAGCCAAUUUGGUGCUAACAAUGAACCCCUAUGUAUACAAAAUACUUUUUCAUUUCUGAAUGCCUGAAUUAGACCCCCCCUAUGUAUACAAAAACAGUUGUCACUUCUAAAUGGUGAAAACAUGCUCUCACAUAAAAGCUGAGAAAUGCAUACUUGGUAGUAAUUGUUUUAAAAUGUUGUAGCAUGAAGCCAAAAGAUUAAAACAUCCUUCACUGUCCCCAUACGUACACAUUUUUAUGUACAUAAUGUAUAUAUUACCAGUGCUCUAUAGCAGAUGUUGUAUGCGGCAGUGGCCCCGAGAUCCAAUACUAAAGGAAACGCAUGGAAGAUUGUGGCGCCCAUCGCCAAAGCCUGUACAGAUCAAGCUUACACGCCUUUCAACACUUUAAAUAGUAUAACGUUUUCCGGAACAUUGAAUGAAUGUUAAGAAUGAGAAUCUAAUGAAGAGUAUAGUAUAGAGACCAAGAAUGACUGAAUGCACAGAGCUAGUUAUUGGUUUUGGCAGUAUCCAGAUCAGUCCUUAGUUGACCUAGUUGCUCCUUUAAGCUUAGAUGUUUUUUUUUAUAUAUAUAUAGUACCUUUAGGGAGUAUUCUGACCGCAUUCUCUUACUCCAAAUUUUGUUAUGUUAUAAUGUUUAUAAUUGUUAAAAAAAUACAAAAAUAAAUCUACAAACAAUACCCAUUGAUGACAAAAUGAAAACACGUUUCUAGAAAUGUGCCAAGUAUAAAAAGCAGAAACAUCUCAAGUACACAAAUAUUCAGAUUCUUUAUUCAUUACUUUGUAGAAGCGGUUUGGCAGUGAUCAGAGGUUCAAGUCUUUUUGUUAUCCCUCUACCAGCUUUGUACACCUGGAUUCGGGCAGUUUCUUGCUUUAGAUAUUCAACAUGGUUCAAUUCUGGGGUUUGGCUUAGCCACUCAAGAAUUUUCACAGAUUUGUCCCGAAGCCACUCCAGAGUUGUAUUGGCUGUGUGCUUCAGUUGUCAUGCUGAAAAAGUUAUCUUCUCCCUGGGAUCAGGUUUUCUUCAAGGACGUCUCUGUUUUUUGUUCCCUUUAUACAUCCCUCAAUCUUGAGUAGCCUCCCUGUCCCUACCACAGAGAAGAAUCCCCAUAGCAUGAUGCUCCUACCGUGCUUCACUGUAGGGCUGGUAUUAGCCAGGUGAUGAGCCCUUUUGCUCUCAUCAGACCAGAUUAUAUUUUUCCUCAUGCUCACAGAGUUCUUCAAGAUGCAUGUAAUAUGCCUUUAACUCAGGAGUGGCAAUGUGUAGCCCUAAUAGCAACUCUCUAACCCAAAGGCCAGAUUAAUGGAUUACUGCAGAGAUGCUUUGAAACUAUGUUAAGAUGGCUGCCAAGUUCUUGGCCAUCUCUCUGACCAAGGCCCUUCUUGUUGAGUUACUUAUUUGGCCUGGACAGCCUGCUCCAGUGAAAGUUUUGUGUGUUCCAAACUUUUUCAGUUUCACAAUGAUGGAAUGCACUCUGCUCCUGGAAGCUUUCAAUGCUUUAACAAUUUUAUUUACAUCCUUCCCAAGAUUUAUGACUCGACACAUUUCUAUCUCAGAGGUCUAUGGAGAGUUCAUUGGACAUAAUGGCUUGGUCUUUGCUCUGAGAUGCGCUGUGUAGUGUGAUAAAUUAUACAGACAGGUUUGUUUGUUUCAAAAUCAUGUCCAGUCAAUUUGCCACAGGGGGAUUCCAAUCAAGUUGUAGAAACAUCUCAAGAAUGAUCAAAGGACACAGGAUACAUCAGAGCAAAUUUUGGAGAGUCAUGGCAAUUGGUCUGAAUUCUUAUUUACCUAAGACAUGAGUUGUUUAUUUUCAAUUAAAUUGGCACAAAUGUCUAAAAACAUGUUUUCGCUUUGUCAUUAUGGGGUGUUGUGUGUAGAUUGAUGGCAAAAACAAAAUAAUCAAUUCUAAAUUGAGUCUAUAACACAAGAACAUUUGGGGAAAGUGAAAAGGUCUGAAUACUUUCCGAAAGCACAGUACAUCACAUGAAUUGGUUUGUUACACGUUUGUUUCAAUGGCAAUUAGCUUAAUCAUCAGUAAAGUUUGGUUGCAGCUACUCUGAAGGGAAUGUGGUAUUCAUGUGUGAUGUGUGUCAUGUGGUCGCAGGUGACAGUCCCUUGUGUGUGCGUGCAUCCUAUGUCAGAGCAUAAAUUACACAUAGCUACUGCCUUUUGCAGUUUUUUCAUGCUGCUAUAGUGAUGCCUUUCUCAGGCCCAUACUCAACUAUAGAUGUAACAUACACAGUACUUGAGAAACAACAGUGUUACUUCCAUGUAACCAACAAUCUAUGUUUGCUGUCCCCUAAGAAGUAUAUGCACCUUUACUGCACCCAGAGGUCAACCAUCACAACAUUACUGAUGUUGGUUAUCAGAUACCCUUUUUUCUUCCAUUGCUUAUAGUUCCAUGUUCUCCUCUUCCUUGUAAAUGCCCCCAGACAGACUGGCGGCCCUCGUACGCCCACUUGUGAAUGUCUUUCUUGAUGUAGGAUAUGGUAGCCUCAUCUGACAUAAUUCUACACUUUACAACUUUCUCCAUAUCUCUCAUAAUAUCUGUCAGAGUUAGCUUUAUCUCUCUCAUUUCCUUCUCCUUUAUGACUAUACAUAUUGAUUAUGGCUUGUUUGUUUUUUUUGCCUGUAGGUUUGUUCAAACCUUGGUAUAAUGUGCUGUACAACCUGUGUUUCCAAAAAAGUUGGGACGCUGUGUAAAAUGUAAAUAAAAACAGAAUGCAA